AUGAAUAGGGCCGUUUUUCAUGAACUAUGUGAGAUGUUGAAAGGAGCUCUUGAUGGAAAUUACAUCAAGGUCAAUGUGCCUGAAGCUGAUAAAUGUAGAUUCAGAACAAGGAAGGGUGGUAUUGCGACAAAUGUGUUAGGUGUAUGUUCACCAGAUUUACAAUUUAUACAUGUCUUGCCUGGGUGGGAGGGUUCAACAGCGGAUUCUAGAGUCCUUAGAGAUGUUAUUUCUCCACCAAAUGGACUAAGGUUUCCUCAAGGGUAUUAUUAUUUAUGUGAUGAUGCAUACAUGAAUAGGGAAGGUUUUCUUACUCCAUAUAGAGGUCAAAGGUAUCACCUUAAAAUGACACGAGAUCCAUUGGAAAUGGAUUUAGGAGAUGUUGAGUCCUCUAACGAAUUCAUGUCUGACGAAAUGAUAACUGUUGUGGAGCCAAGUAAUGCAUGGAGUCAAUGGAGAGAUAACUUAGCAUUGGAAAACUUUAAUAGAUGGAGAAGUGGAAAUCAUCGAUAA